UCCUUCUCCUCUCAUGAGUUUGACAAACAACAUUCCUCUCGCACGUUUUAGGAAAUAGAAAGGAGUGUCAUUGACGAGAAAGAAAGAAAAAAAGUUCUGUAUUUAACAGAAGGAAAGGGUGUGAAACUUUACUGGAUUGUUACUGACUCAAACACGUACAAGGAUGUCUCUGGCAGUGUCUCAUGGCGAGGGGGUGACAGUGAUCACCAUCACCUCAAACCCCAAAAGCAAAUGGCCGAUACUGUGUCAGAUCCUGGGCUCUUUGUGCCACAGUCCAGUGUGUGCUGUAUCACAGCAGGUGAAAGCGAAGAUGAUGGGCAUCUAUAUGGCACUUGGGAUUAUGCAGAUUAUAGUAGGACUGCUCAAUCUUAUGACAGGGAUUUUAUUUAUAAGCUCUGGAAUACAUGACUACAUUAUGAUGUGUAAUGCUCCAUUCUGGCUUGGUGGUGUGUUCCUUGUAGUUGGAGUGGUGUCUAUUGUUGCAGCUUGGUUUCCCAGCUAUUUUCUGCUGCUCGUCACUGUGGUGUUGAACAAAGUCAGUGCUGUGCUGGCUAUGAUAGGCCUUGCACUGUAUGCAUGGGACUUAGUGGGCUUUAAGGUUUUUAUGCACUAUGAAGAAAUGAACUAUGACAAGAUGAUCCGUGAAGCACUGGAUAUCACUAUGAUGAUCUUUUCAGCUCUUCAGCUCUGUGUGACCCUCAGUUUCUAUGUCCUGACUCUGAAAGAAUUGUGUAAAACAAAUUCUGAUGAGGACCCUCAACUUUACAAACCACUCAAAGAAGACGUCACUGUCAGUCAUGUAUGUUAGACAAUGUAACAAAUGAAAUAUACAUUUUUAAUUGAACUAGCUUUGUGAAUAUAGAAGUACACAUUCUCUCUUGUGAAAUACCAAAUACUCCACAAUCAUAAUGGUACAUGUUUAUUUUUGGUCUUGAUUCUUUUUUAUUUCCCCUUUACAGCUGCUUUUUGAAAAUACUGACUAGAAUUAAAAUUAAUUUUUUAUGCAUUUUUAACACCAAGUUUAAAUUCUUUAUACAUUCAGUUCAUUUAAAAUCUCUGUCUUCAUUUCUCAUAAUUGACCUUCAUCAAAGCUUUUUUUUUUUUCGUCUUAGCAUUAGAUGCAAUGGAUUGCCUAAAGACUGUUUACAGACCAUUUACUGUGUAUUGGGCAAAAAGGUAAUAAUAAAUAAAAGAUUUAAUAAGAUUACAUGACUAUUUACACCAUAUCUGGCAUCAUGCAAAAGGUCUCCUCUUCUCAGCACAACUUGUAUAUUCUGUGAUGCAUGUUUACUCAGAGAAACAAUUUACCUUGAGUUUGAACAAACAAAAGUCAUUUCAGCUGUCAUAAAUGGCAAUAAAACAAACCAGUGAUGUGGAAUGUG